AUGGAUGUUCUGGAAGAAGAGCUGAAAUGCCCCAUCUGUCACUGUGUCUUUGAGGACCCUCGAGUUUUACCUUGCUCACAUAAUUUCUGCAAGAAAUGCUUAGAAGGUGUUCUUGAAGGCAAUUCUAGGCACCUGCUAUGGAGACCUUCUAGCUUUAAAUGUCCUACCUGUCGUAAAGAAAUUUCAACAAUGGGUGGCAACAGCCAUCAGGUUAACUAUGUGCUAAAAGGAAUUGUGGAGAAAUAUAACAAGAUUAAAGCCACUCCAACCAUGCCAAUAUGUAAGGAUCACAAUGGACAACCCCUUAAUAUCUUUUGCUCCACAGACCUAAAGCUAAUCUGUGGUUUCUGUGCUACCAGUGGAGAGCACAAAGACCAUGUGUUCUCCUCCUUUGAUGAUGCCUAUAGUCAGGAGAAGCGUUCUUUGGAAACCUUGUGCCAUGGGAUUGAAAACUGGCAAAACAUGGACAUCCAAACCCACUUGAAUGUAUUGGAGACCAGCAAGAGAGAAGCUCUUCAGUUGCUGACAAAGGAUUCUGACACAGUGAAGGCUUACUUUGAAAAGUUGCAGCAUGUGCUAGAGCAGAAGAAAAAUGAAAUCCUCUCAGAUUUCGAAACAAUGAAACUCGAAGUCAUGCAAGCGUAUGAUCCAGAGAUCAACAAUGUGAACUCCAUUAUGAAUGAGAAGAAGAAGGCUUGUGACAUUGUUGAGGAUUUUAAGAACAUCACAGAUCCAUUUCUUUUUCUUCAGAAAAUGGAGGAGUUUCGAGAAAAAGUUCAACGUAUUAAAGCUCCAUUGCCAUCUCCUGCAGAUAUCGCUGCCAUUUCUUGUAUGAAAAAUUUUGAUACCAGCAUGUGGGAUAACAUCAGACUCAUAGAUGUUGAUAAACUAGGUCUACCGCAGAAGACACCCACCAAGCCUCAAAGAGUUCAUCUGAAGUUCCCCUCUCUUAGAACUGGAGCUGUGGCACUUCUAGUUUUGGUUUUGAUGUUGGUGGCUCUUUACUCUGUUCCAUAUAUUGACUUAACUCCGUUCACUGAUGGGUACCUGCAGCCUAUAAUUAUCUACUUAUCAGAAGCUUCAACUCUGAUUGCAGAGAAAGCUGUGCUUUACAAGGACCUGAUUAUAGAACAGGCAUAUCUCCUUGGUGAAAACAUCCAUAAAUACUCCACAAUGUUACUGGAGCAAGCUGCACUAUUUAUCUGUAAAUAUAAACUUUAA